UAUUUAUGGAAGAGGCACGUGAUUUUUCUCAUGUUGGUUAAAAGAUACUUACCAUUGAUAAGUUGUGUUAUAAGAAGUGUCUUAAGAAUUAUGAACGUGCUAUGAAUGUAAAAGAAGAAGCAUGCUUAAGUAUUAUGAAAUUUCAUCUUAGAAAAUUGUUUAGCUAAAGUCAUCAAUGGAAUAGAUUUUCUGCAUAAUCUCAAUAAUAAAGGAGGUUUGGAUAGAGCACCAUUUAAAACGGAAGGAGGUUUCUGGUCUAAGUGAGAGUUUAUUAAUAUUUAUUA